AUAAAGACGUCAGGACGUUUCACCAAGAGGAAUGUUAAGCUGCUGGAACAGGUUAAACAUAAAAAAUAUGGCAUCCAGAAGACGUUCAAUUACUCAGGAAACAUUAUCUGGUACCCCCCACAUGAACACAUCUCACAGACAAACACAGAAAAACGCAGCAAAGAGAGAACUCAUUACUGCCUGGAAUGUGGAAAGAGUUUUAAUCAUCAGAGUCAUCUCCAAGAACACCAGCGCAUUCACACAGGAGAGAAGCCGUAUCACUGUUCAGAGUGCAGGAGGAGCUUUAAUCGUCAGAGGCAUCUCCAAGAACACAAGCGCAUUCACACAGGAGAGAAGCCGUAUAACUGCUCAGAAUGUGGGGGGAGUUUUAAUCGUCAGAGUGCUCUCCAACGACACCAGCGCAUUCACACAGAAGAGAAGCCGUAUCACUGCUCAGAGUGUGGCAAGAGUUUUACUAUACAGUGUCAUCUUCAAGAACACCAGCACAUUUACACAAGAAAGAAGCCAUAUUACUGUUCAGAGUGUGGAAAGAGUUUUACUGUACAGAGUACUCUCCAACAACACCUUCGGGUUCACACAGGAGAGAAGCCGUAUCACUGCUCAGAGUGUGGGACAAGUUUUACUGUACAGAGCUCUCUUAAACAACACCAGCGCAUUCACACAGGAGAGAAGCCAUAUUACUGCUCAGUGUGUGGGAAAAGUUUUAGUGUACAGAGUCAUCUUCAAGACCACCAGCGGAUUCACACAGGAGAGAAGCCGUAUCACUGCUCAGAAUCGAGGAGGAAUUCUGGAGGAUCACCUCAAAGCCACUACAGUCAUCAUUCCUGGGGAAACUGGACCAAUACACACCCAGACUUCUGAGCUUGUUGGGAAGAAACUUAGUGAGAUCCUUAAUAUGUUAAAUAAGAGCACCGAGUCUCAAAGAGAAGUUGUGCACAGAGGCCUCACUCUCUUUCACUUUGUGAAAAGAUGGAGUUAAAUCAAGGACCACCAGGAACAACAACGAUGCAGAAAUUCGACAGAUUUUACUCAUUGGGAAGUCAUUGAUUUUAAUCACCUCACACUUCUGCCUAACGCAUUUUGUGCCUCAUGGACACCCGUGACUACACGUUUCAGGGGUUGCAGUCCUCCAACUUCCCAAAGUUACCUACACGUUUCCUACAUCUACCAUCAGCAUUUCUCAGCCAUCCACUGCUGCUUCUGGUUCUCAACUGAUCAGGAAUUGCCCCAGGAAUCCAUCUUCACAAACUGCAAGUGACAAACAAAUUGAAUAGAGACCUUCACAUUUGUCAAGAGCUGAGUAUUUUUAACAGAGAGGGUCGUGCAGGUCCCUGCUGAACACCUGAUGGACAAUAUAUGAGUUCUCAUGCAGAACUGGUGGCAGUACACACUUUAAGUUCCAGUAAUCAUCCAACAUCAUGUCCGUGUGAGACUCUGUUCUAUGUUGAGCACCUUCUUCGGUCAAGUCUGGACUCAGUGACUCAUUAUUCUUGAUCAGCCAGGGCAAGUGGCUAAUUCUUUUCAUGAUCUUUAUUCAUUCCAUUCAUUAUCCGUUAUAUAUAUGGACACGUGCUGUUUUUUUCAUCAUCUCAACAUAGCUUUGUGAGUGUCCUGGACAUUUCAUUGAAUCAUGCAAGAAAAGUUUCUUGAAGUUUAUCAAUAUAGUCUGUACCUUGGAUUGUAAUGGGUGUUAUUUGUUGUUUCCUUUGUAAUUUACCAUAAGCAGUUGUUGACUAUUAAAUCUAUGCUAAUUAAUUGUAAUUUCUUAUGGGUUGUACUGUAUUUUUUGCAAUGAAAUUCUGGCAACCACAGCUGCUGGUAAUUUACUGUAAAGUUGAACUUCACAAUAAAAUACUGUAAUGUGUCAUACGGUUGUACUAUGUUUAUCACUGAUAGACUGUAAUUAUGUUGAUAGUAUAUGUUAUUUUAAUUCACUGUAUACAUAUUUACAAUAUGCUUUUUUCACAGUAAUUAACCGUAAACAAACAGUUCUCAACAGAGAAAUUUACGGUUGGCAAAAAAGCAUACUGUAAUGUCUUAUACUUUUCCACUAUAUAUGUUUACUGUGAAGAUCUGGCAACCACAGCUGGAGUAAAGUGUAGUAAAUAUAAACCAGUUUUUGUCAGAUAUUUAGUAAAUGUAAAUACAUUUUCCUCAGAUAUUGAGUAAAUAUAAAGCAAUUUUGCUCAGACACUUGGUAGAUAUUACUAAAUUUUCCUUGUUAAAUUAAUUUGUAUUUACUCAAUAUUUGUGGGCUACAUUGACUUAUAAUGUGGCAUACUAUUACUAAAUACAACACAUUUUAACGUUUGCUUUUAUUAACAUUUACUUAAUUUUUUUGGUUAAGUUUAGUUCUUAGAUUGAUCUUAGAGUAUGAGAUCUAGUGUACAACUGAACCUAACACAGCAAUGUAAAUUACACAAAGUCUGUGCAGGUCACUAGGCCACACUGUGUACAAUGCCAGUCUUUUAUUUCUAUUAGUCUACUUAUCACAUAUAUUGCAUCAACUAAAUCCAAGUAGCCUCUCACUCAAAGGUGUAUCCAUGGCAGUUUUUUAAAUAAAACUGAACAACACUGAGUAUAUGGAAUGACUCGAGCAAGGGGUUUACAGUGGAGUGCUGCUUUGUAAGUGAGGCAACCUACUGCACCAGUAUCUGUUCACGCUUUUCCCCGAAGACCUACUUCACCCGCAGAACUAUGAUUUAACAGAAGCCACAAGCGCUUGGCUGCACUGAAUGGGCUUUCUGUGUUCUAAUGCACUGCUGAGACAAGACAA